UCGAACUCCAUCACAACUCCCCCGGUCCCCCCUCUACCCCCUCACUCCCUGCGGUUAGAGAAUAGAGUGAGACCAUCGUCCCCGAUCGCGCCCCGGAAUCAGUUCCUUCGCCGGAAGUUCCCCUGAGAAGAGCUCUGAUGCCCCGCCGAAGACGGCCGGAUUUCGGCUGUGACACGGCCGUGGAUGCGUGAUCCUGAUAGCCCGCGGCGGAGCAAGCAAGAUGGAAGCUUUCUUCACGACGAGAAAUGCAUGAGGGCAGUGCCUUGGCCAGAUCUCUCUUCUUCUCACCUUUGAGGAUAUCGUGCUUCAUAACGUUGGUGGUUGAUUCUUUUUAAGUCUGGCUGGUGAUGUUGUGACAAAGGCAGGACACCAAAAAUAAUCAUUUUUUGAUGGGUUCAUCUUCACUUCUUUCAAACUUACCGAGAUGAACAAUAGAAGGGGGCAAACUUUGCAGAAGCCUUCGCUGGGAUGUAUGGGGAGGAUGAUCAACAUAUUGGACUUGAGUACCGGCAUGGCAGGAACCAAGCUGCUCGCUGAUAAAGCACAUAGAGAUGGUUAUCCAAUCAGUAAAAAUCAGUCUGAUGUGGUGAAGAAGCCAAGGGAUCCCAUCUUAUUUCCAGUAGAGGACAAACAAAUAACCCAUGAAUUAAGGAAGAGUGCCUCUAACAAGAACUCAGGUGGAACACCAAUGAGGAUGCUUAUACAUCAGGAGAUGUGGAAAGAAGCGGAGUUGAAGCAGAAGCCACCAAAUGUUGUUGCUAGACUCAUGGGGCUUGAUGCCUUGCCAGUGCAGCAAUCAGUUUUAUCUUCUCAAAAAAGCUCCCAAGAGGGCUAUUCACACAGUUUAGCAGGAGCAUUUCGAGGUUAUCAGCAGCAGGAAGACGAGUAUUUUCACAAACCAAUUCAGUGUGAAAUUCCUCAUGAAAAGCAUGAAUACAAAGAUGUAUACGAAAUCUGGAAGAAACCAUCAAAGAUUAGUCAUAUUAAGGAUCAGCCUCCACAGAAAGGAAGGUAUGAUGAGAACUCAUAUGAAAAGAGAAUGACUCUUGUUCGUCAGAAUUUCAUUGAAGCAAAAUGCUUAGCAACAGAUGAAAAGCUCCUUCAGUCCAAGGAGUUUCAAGAUGCACUAGAGGUUCUGAGUUCGAACAGAGAUCUAUUCCUCAAAUUUCUAGAAGAACCAAAUUCCCUGUUAUCAAAGCAUCUGCAUGAACUCCAGGCCAUCUCUCCACCUUCUCAGACAAAGCACAUAACUGUACUGAAACCAUCAAAAACUAGUGAGGUAAAUUAUGACAGGAAUGUGGAACAACAACUCUACUCAUCUGUUGAAGAAAGCAAAGGUGAUGUGAAUAAACACUAUUGGUCCCCUAGUUUCUCUCAAUCAAAAGACCACAAUUUAUCUCAACCAACCAGGAUAGUAGUUUUAAAGCCUAGCCCAGGAAAGCUCCAUGACCUAAAGACCACAGUGACAUCCCCUGCAUCUUCAGUAGAACAGCUUGGAAGGAGAGAUUCUUGUGGAGCUCUGGGAACUGAAGGAGUAGCAGGGUCAAGAGAAAUAGCCAAGGAAAUUACUCAUCAGAUGCGAGAAAGCCUUAGUAACCGAAGGGAUGAAACAUUGUUGUCUUCAGUCUUAUCGAAUGGAUACGUUGGAGAUGAGAGCUCAUUCAAUAGAUCAGAAAGCGAGUAUAUGGAGGAAGAGAGUGGUAACUUAAGUGACUCUGAGACUGCCACCCCAAUUUCACGGCACUCUUGGGAUCACAUCAAUAGAAUUGGCAGUCCUUACUCAAUCUCAUCUGUAAGUCGAAAAUCAUAUUCACCUGAGUCAUCAGUGGUCAGGGAAGCCAGAAAACGGCUUUCAGAGAGGUGGGCAUUAGUGACAUCUAAUGCAAAUAGCCAAGUACAAAAACAAACACGGAGAAGCUCAAGUACCUUGGGUGAGAUGCUUGCCAUUCCUGAGGUAAAGAAAGAAGAGGAGAAUAGUGGGGGACUUACUGUUUCGAGCAGCAGGUCAUGUGAUGAAGAACAAAACCUUCAGGUACUAUCACCAUGUUUGUCAACAGGUGGGGUAAAGGAAGGAUGUAGUGGGGAGUUCUCCCCUAGGAAUUUGUCAAGGUCAAGAUCCGUUCCAUCUUCUUCAGCUUAUGAAGUCGCUGAGUUGAGUGUGGGGGUUUCUGAUGCUUCGAUUAGCAAAGCCAUUGUUCAUGGGGACAUUGCUAAGUCAAAGAGUGGCAAGUCAUCUUUCAAAGGGAAAGUUUCAAGUUUGUUCUCUAGAAAUAAGAAACAAGGUCAAGAGAAAUCUAUUCCAUCUUCAGUGGGUUGCGGUGAUAGGCUCCAACCUGGUUGUGCAAAGGUUGAUGGUAAAAUAAACGAUUUAUUACAUUCUGUUGAUGAUAAUCGACCUAAGCAAAGUGCACUGGUUAGUUCGUAUAAAAGUUCUGGUGAGGCUUCAUCUCUGACUACAGUGUACGAUGGACAAAAUCAGGGCUUCUGUGCUAAGCAGGGUGCUUAUUCUCUUGAAAAACCAAUGACAUGCGGAAACUCUGGUGAGAACCAGGACCACCCCAGCCCUGUGUCAGUUCUACAAGCACCAUUUGUCGACGAUGUCAACAGUAAUAUGUCCCAAGCUUCUGACUGCCACAUCGCUGGACAUCCACAAGCGCUCUCUAGAUCUCCACCAAUUGAAUCGAUUGCUCGUUCCUUAUCACGUGAUGGCUCCAGUUUGGGGAGAAUAUUGAUGAAUCCCCCGAAACCUUCCAGACUUCUCCCCAAGGUAGAAGAGGGAGAACAAGAACGAUUUGUGCUUGUCCAAAAGUUACUGUCAUCUGCUGGCUUUCGAAAUGAGAAGUCUUGCAUGAUAUUCACAAGAUGGCAUUCCCUGGAGAGCCCUUUGAAUCCAAUGCUACUGGAUAAAUAUUUGGACAGGAAAGAAGAAGAGGCUAAGUGCAGGGAGAGGCGAUCAAACCAGAGGCUCCUAUUCGAUUGUGUCAAUGCAGCAUUGCUAAACAUAGGCCAAAGCGCCGUAUUGGCUUCAUAUCCAUGGGCCGGAGCAUGUUGUGGGGCCUGGAAGGACGGUCCUGCUGGUGCUUCGGUGACUGAGGAAGUGUGUGAACUUGUGAGAAAUUGGUACUCUGGUGAGUCUGUGCUAGGUGAGCCCGGCGGCAUCAACCUUACGGUAGAAAGAGUGGUGAAAAGGGAAGUAGCAGGAAGGGGAUGGGCAGAAUUUAUGUGGCUGGAAAUGUAUGAGUUCAGCAAGGAGAUUGGUGGUCUGGUGUUGGAGGAGUUGGUUGAGGAGGCAUUGUCGGAUUUUACUUGUGGGUGACUGAAAUGAGGUGGCUUUUCUCCUAUUUUUCCUUUUAAUUCCUAACAGCCCCUCCUAUUUUUGUUGUCCAUGUGAUGAUACUGAUGGCUUCAUAGUCUGUAGUAUAUCUAUAUAAUGCCCAAUUUGUAGUGUAUGUGCAUUGUUUUCUAUUUGAAGGCUGCUCAUAAAUGAAGGGUAUAUGCUUCUUCACCUGUC